UCGGACGAUUUCCUCUUCAUGAUUAGAACGCCUUGGCUUCCCUUCGCCUCCCCGCCCGGCGACGGCGACUCUCGGGCUCCGCCCACUUCCCCCAUCUGUCUUCCUCUCUACUACAAACCCAACCCCCCCUUUCCUUCUAAAUUCUAGGGCUUCUUUGACGCUUCCUCACUCAUGGGUCGACAGCCGGAAGUUCUGUGGGCGCAGCGUUCUGAUAAGAUCUACCUGACGGUUUCCCUACCGGAUGCGAGAGAUGUUUUUGCGGAGAGCGAGCCUCAUGGGGCGUUUAAGUUCUCAGCCGUCGGGGCUCAAGACGAGCACUUCGAUUUCAGCCUCGAGCUCUACGAUGCUGUAGUUCCCGAGGCUAGUAAAAUAAAUAUUGGGAUGAGGAACAUAAUUUGCUCAAUCAAGAAGGAGAAAAAAGGUUGGUGGAAGCGGCUGCUAAAGUCAGAGGAAAAACCUGCUCCAUAUAUCAAAGUUGAUUGGAAUAAAUGGUGUGAUGAAGAUGAGGAAGAGUCUGACAUUUCUGACUCACUUGUCUCUGAUGAUGAAAACAAUAGGGUUACUGGCACGGAUGAUGAGAACAGUGAUGAUGAUAGCGGCUUGCUCUAUCUACCUGACCUAGAAAAGGCCAGAGGAAAGUGAUAUGAACUUGAUGGCUGGCGGAUGAGAUCGACUCUAUCACUAGAGUGACAGGCGUAAAGAAGUAAUUUGCACUAAUAUGCCUAUAUUUUGCUACCUCAGUAAUUUGCACAACACCUUAGAUAAUCACUCCCGUGGCGCUGUGGAUUUGUCACACUUUCGUCAACAGAUUCUUAUUGAACCUAAUCUUACUAUUACUUCUCUUGUGAUGGCCAUUAUUAGUGCUUUUUUGAGGGCAUCGCAUCCAUAAUGCCCCUCCAUUUGACCAA